ACUUUGCUUCUAACAUCACAAGGAACAAAGCUCUCGUAGAAGUGGCAGACACAAACGUCAAUGCCACCCGCAUCUCCCCCAGCGCCCCCUCCCUCAGGAUGUCCCAGCUCUCUUCCACCUUGAAGCGCUAUGUGGAUUCUCCCCGCUACUCGGACACCUUGCCUUGCAGCAAAGCCUCCACCAGCUAUGCCACCUAUUCCUCCUACUCGUCGAAACUCUCCUCCUCCUCCUACUCAGACAAAGAGAAGCUCAACUACAAGCCCACCACUCCUUCCAGCUACUUGACUUCUACCCACCUGCGGACGUCGGGGGCCACUGCCUCCUCUUCCUUGAACUUCGACGGGGGAGGGAGGCUGCUCCAGCGCCCGGACUCGGGCACCAGGUUGAGCCCUGGGUAUAGCCGGGUCCCCGUGAGGCCCUCUGGAGGGCUGAGUGGAGGGGCCACCUACUCCUUUGCGAACGGGCCCUCGACCAGCUAUGGCUCCACCCCGCUGGGACGCAAGAAGUCCAGCAGCCAUUCCGACUUGGCACGGGAUCUCUCCUCCAUGCACCUGUCCUCAGACCCCUACCCUUCCACCUCCACCCGCGGGCCCUUCAUCGCCCGUCCCCGACAAGAGCUCUGCAGCAUCCAAGGAUUUUACCAGCCCAGCAGACACUCGGAUUACGUCCAGGAUUACUUGGACUCCUACAGCCGGAAAGGGGGGCGUUCCCCGGGCCCUGGCAUGCAUGGCUCCACGCCGGAGGUCCUCACCCCAUCCCUGCACCCCACUAGCCGUUCCUCCGUUCAGCAGUGGGAGUGGACGGACAGCCAGACAGACCUCCUGAGCAAGGAGAAUCCGAAUUCAAAAACGGUACAAGGUCUGACUGGUCUCCGAAACCUCGGUAACACCUGUUUUAUGAACUCCAUCCUGCAGUGCCUGAGCAACACCAAAGAGCUGCGAGAUUACUGCCUGCAGAGCCAAUACGUCCGCGAUCUCAACAACAACAGUCGCAUGCAGAUGUCUCUUAUGACAGAGUUCGCCAAGCUCAUCCAGGCGUUGUGGACCUCGUCUCCGAAUGAAUCCGUGAGCCCUUCCGAAUUCAAGAUGCAGAUCCAACGAUAUGCUCCCCGCUUUGUGGGAUACAACCAGCAAGAUGCCCAGGAAUUCCUGCGCUUCCUUCUCGAUGGGCUCCACAGCGAAGUGAACCGGGUGUUGGUCCGUCCCAAAGGCAACAAUGACAACCUGGACCAUCUACCGGAUGACGAGAAAGGGAGGCAGAUGUGGAUGAAAUACCUCUCAAGAGAAGACAGUCGGAUUGGGGAUCUCUUCGUUGGGCAACUGAAGAGCUCCUUGACCUGCAGUUCUUGCGGCUACUGUUCCACUGCUUUUGAUCCGUUCUGGGACCUGUCUCUGCCCAUUGCCAAGAAAAGCUACGGCGAGGUGAAUUUGAUUGACUGCAUGCGACUCUUCACCAAGGAAGAUGUUCUAGACGGUGAUGAGAAACCUACAUGCUGCCGUUGCAAAGCGAGGACGAAAUGCAUGAAGAAAUUCAGCAUCCAACGUUUCCCCAAGAUCCUGGUUUUACACCUGAAACGUUUCUCGGAAGCCAGGAUGCGAUCCAGCAAACUCACCACUUUUGUCAAUUUCCCGCUUAAGGAUCUGGACCUACGGGAAUUCGCCUCUCAGAGUUGCAAUCAUGCAAUUUACAAUCUCUAUGCCAUCUCCAACCACAGCGGGACCACAAUGGGUGGCCAUUACACGGCCUACUGCAAGAGUCCACUCUCUGGAGAAUGGCACACCUUCAACGAUUCACGCGUCACGCCGAUCUCCCUGGGCCACCUCCGCAGCAGCGACGCCUAUCUCCUCUUCUACGAGCUGGCCAGCCCGUCUUCCCGAAUGUAGCUUCCAGAUCACGCUCCCCCUCCGCCGCCCGCCACACACAUCCCCAUGGAAAGGAAUCCUCGUAAUAUCCCGGAAGAAGGAGGCGAGCCAAGCGCCAGCUCAGAAACGCAUCGCGAAUGGGGCGGGGGGGCGCGUGGAGACCCAGGACAAUGGCGACUUGAGGGAUUUUUUUUUUCUAAACUGGGUUUUUCCCCCCCCCUCCCUUUUUUCCUAAAAAACAAGCAAAAGCAAAAAAAGAGAGAGAGAGAGAAAGAGAGGGAGGGAGGAAGAAAAUGCUUUUAAUAAAGCGUUAACUAAAGUUGCCGGUCUUCACCGGGAUGCCUUACUCCCACGCACAGGACUGAAGACCGAGACACCGAGGCAGAAAACGCCAUCCUGGGUGUGAGCAGGUUCCACGCCAACUGCAUCGCUCCGAAAAAAAAAGAAAACUGUUCUCAGGGGCGGUUUCUAUGUUUUCCUUCUCUCCCUUUUCCUUCCUCUCUUCUCCCCUUGUCCGCCCACACUCCUUUCCACACAACGUGGUGUGCAAUAAGUCGCAAACAGCUGCUGCUCUUUUGGGGGGAGGGUAGCAACCUGUCUGUCCCCCCUGUGAUCCCUUGGCAGGGGGUGGGGGUGGGUGGAGGGUGUUGGAGCUGAGCCACAGAGGUGUUUUUUUUCUCUCUGAUGCCAGUUGGACGCCGCUUUGGCCACCGAGUUGCAGAACUAGAUCAAGUUUUCCGGAAUAUGAUUUUUGCCUCUUAGAUCAAGGCAAAGCUUGUUUGUUUUUUUGCACAGUUCUCACACAAUCCUCCUCGGGGAGGGGUAUGAGGGAUUUCUCUACAGGAACCGCGGGCUUUGAGUCCUAUCUAUUCGCACGGGGUGGGGGCCGUUGUUGGAUUCCUUUUUUUUUUCUCUUCUUUUUAACAAACUGGAAGCAUCCUUGGAUGGAUUUUUUACGGACUUUGUCGCAAAAGCAGAGACUCGCUGGAUCCAAUUCUACCUGUUUUCUUGUCACUACUGUGCCUUAAAAGCAUCCAGACGAAAGAGACGGUGCGUUUUCAGACGAUCCGAGUGCCCUUCGGAAAGGGGCACGGCGCAACCAGCAGAAAUAUGACACGCACACACCCAUCCUUCGGCUUUCCUCUCCUCCUUCCCCAACUUUCCCUCACCACAUCCCUCAUUUGUCCUGGGAUGGAGGCCAUUCAGGAACGCUUCGGACAAUUUUCAAAGAGGAUUGCUUUGAUUUCAGUUUUCAUUUUGGUUCUCGCUGCAUGUGUGCCGCAAGAGUCGCCAAAACUCACCUCGUUGGAGGGGUGUUGUUGUUUUUUUCUUAACCGGUUCGGGAGCGAUCAGUAAACUUGUCCUUCCUCUUAUUUAUUCUCCAUCCACAUCAUGCAGGGUCAACCUUUCAGCCCAAAUCCAAAGCAGACACUACUUGAAGGGCUGAGAGUUAAGAGUUAGCACCUUGAUGGUUUUGCAACCAGACAAAACAUUCGCUGGGUAGAAAACCCCCUCCCCUGUUUUAUUUCUUCCACCCUCUUCAUCCCCUACCCCUUGCAAAGCUCUGAAAAAGCACCAAGCCGACUUUAACCCAGUUUUGAAUCAAGCAGAGCAUUGAGGUUGGUUUUAGUGGGCACCUUGGUUCGCAGCCUAAAGGAUGCCCCUUGCCCCCCUCUGCCAUUCUCACAGCCUGUUUUCCUACAACCCAAAGUGCCCCCCUUGCAUAUUUCACUCCAUUUCAACUGGGCCGGUGCUCAGGACCCUGUGGGGAAAGCAGAAGGGGUAACCCAGAUGUCAAGGGUCUGGCUAGCAAAGCCUUUCUCAGUGUUACUAUUUUGCUUGGUUUGGGAUGGGGCAUUUUUUUUUUGUUUUGUUUGUGUUUGUGUUUUUUUUUUUUUUUUUUGUUUAUCAGUUUGGACUGAACAGCUUGUUUACUGUGUAAGCAAGGCUGGAGGACGGACCGUGGUCACUCAGGAAGGAGGCUUGUACAGAAAUAAAAUUGUAACUUGAUGAACAAUCCACUGCGU